UAUGACUUGUUUGUUCUAGAAGGCUUCUAGAACUAAAGGACUAGUUGUAUUUUCCUUAACUUAUUUUGAUGUAUUUUUCCUUUAUAUUGCUCGUUCGUCUUCGGUUUGACAUAUGAAAAAUAUUCUUUUUGAAACCUCUUUAUUGGAUAGAGUUGAGGGAUCUUGUAUAUAUCAAGAAGGUUCAAAUAAGGUUGUUUGUUCUGUUGUAGGUCCUUCUGAUAUAAAAACAAGAGAUGAUGCACUGGGAGAAGCAGCAUUAGAUGUGAUGAUAAGAUUUGAUAUAGGAAUGUCUGGUGCAAAAGAAAGACAAAUGGAACAAAUCAUUUGGAAAACUAUAUCACCAAUGAUUAUACGAACAAUGUAUCCUCAUACACUGAUUCAAGUUGUUAUUCAAGUUGUUUCUUAUGAGAGAUCUGAAAAUACGGCAUCUUUGUUGGCUGCCAUGUUAAAUGCAACAUGUAUAGCACUUAUUGAUUCUGGGAUUUCUUUGUUAUCUACAUUUUCUGCUGUAUGUUUGGCAGUUCUUUUAAAAAAUAAGGAAAUAUCUAUUAUUGUUAAUCCGACCUUAAAAAUAUUAAAUGAAUGUAUGAGCACACAUGUUGUAUGUUAUGCUUUUCCUGAUGAAAAGCUUCUUUCAUGUGAAAGUAUAGGGCUUUUUACAGAAAAUGAAUUUUUUGAAAUACUUUUAAAGGCACAGGAUGCAUGCAGAAAUAUUCAUUAUGAAAUAAAAACGACAAUAACAAAAAAAAUAAUGGAAGAAAAUCAUAGAUGA